AUUCCUUUCUUUGGGACACCUUCUGUUGUGCAGGGGCGGGGUGGGUCACUGUCCUGCCUUGUGAAUCAGCUGCACAUGCUUGCCCCGCCCCCGUCGAGGGUCCGCAGGACACUCGCCCAGCAUAAAGCCGGCUUCCACAGCGAACUGGAGGCUCACCCUCCUCCCUCCAGGUAUCCUUGGAGCAGCCACUUGAAUCCGCACCAUGGACCCUACUCCGCUCUUGGGGCUUUUGCUUCUGCUGCUGCUGCUGCUGCUGGUGGGCGCUGCGCCCGGCCUCGCUUCUGUGCCAUACCCAGGAAACAACGCAAAUAUUUGCCUCUUGCCCAAGAAAGAAGGACCCUGUCGGGCCCUCAUGCCCAGGUUCUUCUAUGACAGGUACCUGCAGAAGUGUCACAAGUUCAAUUAUGGGGGCUGCUACGGCAAUGCCAACAAUUUCCACAGUUUGAAGGCCUGUGAAGAAACUUGCGGGAUGAUAGAGGAAGUUCGUCCUGUUUGCCGGUUGGAAGUCAAUGAGUACCCAUGCAACAAGCCUAAUGAACAGUAUUUCUUCGACCUAAGUACCAUGACAUGCAGAAAACUCAUGCCUGGUUUGUGUAACAAGAAUGCCAAUGUAUUCCCUGAUGAAGCUACUUGUAAGGGCUACUGCCUACCAAAGACAGGUCCAUCAUAUUGCUAUAGUCCAAAGGAUGAAGGCCUGUGCUCUUCUAACAUAACACGCUAUUACUUUAAUCCAAGAAACAAAGCCUGCGAGACUUUUACCUACACUGGUUGUGGUGGGAACAACAACAACUUUUAUUACCAGGAGGAUUGCUAUCAUGCUUGUGCAAAAGCCUUGAAGAGCUCAAAGAAAAGAAGACGCCGUCAAAGAGUCUUAUAGCCAAAAGAAAGCUGAGACUUUGGAAGCCAUAUGCUUACACAUUCUCUUUGAGUCAUCACUGUUCACUGCCUUUAUGGUUCUAUCUAGAGAAUAGCAGGGUAGCAUGAGGAAACAAAUCAUUAGUGACUUGAACACCAGAUCUGACGGAUUAUUCCACUUUUAUAACCUGUAUAUUUUUAUACAUAGCAAACUUUUCAAAUGUGAACUUACCAUUUUAAAUGAACUGUUCAAGUGUU